UUUGUGCAGUUUAGUCCAAGAAGGCGGAAGCAGUGUGAGUGCAAGAUUGUAGAAGCUGGGCUUCGAUUGAAUGAUGUCGGGAUAUUCCACACCCGAUCGGCCUUUCCACCGAAUCCUGCUGCAUCAGUACUUGUUCCUCCUAAAGAAGUACCCAAUACUGACCAAGUCAAUCACUAGUGGCAUUCUUUCAGGACUUGGAAAUGUUUUGUCUCAAAUUAUGGAGCCGCGAGGUAAGGGCUCAAAUACAAAGAGUCUCACCUUUGAUGGCCCGGUCAGAUUUGGAAUAUUUGGGUUGGUUUUCACGGGCCCACUAAGUCAUUACUUUUACUACUAUCUGGAUAAACUGAUUCCAUCCAAUGUUCCCUAUUCCCAGAUCAAGAGACUUCUGUUGGACCGUCUGAUGUUUGCACCAGCAUUCCUUGCUCUUUUUUUUGUAGUUAUCAGUCUACUUGAGGGGAAGAACCUGAAGGCACUGAAGGAUAAGAUGCAGACUGGAUACUGGACAGCAUUGAAAAUGAACUGGAAAGUUUGGACAAUCUUUCAGUACAUUAACAUUAAUUAUGUGCCUGCACAGUUCCGUGUGCUGUUUGCUAAUCUGGUAGCUCUUUUCUGGUAUGCAUAUCUAGCUUCAAUCAAGAGAUGAUGCUGCAUUAUUAACAAUAACCAGCACCUGAUGAGAAUGAUUUCUUUCACUCUGAGAAAAUUUUGAUUUCUUUUACUUUGAGAAAACUUUGACUUUUGAAGAAGAAUCCAAUGAACAGACUUUGGCCAAAUACUAAAUCUAACAUAAUUUUCUAUUUCACAAGACCCCUAAUGGAUAGCUAUUUUGUUUAGAGAAGGAGCUGUGAAAUGUGUUGUGACAAUAAAACACUAUGUAGAAUAAGCUGGAUUGUAUAAUUAAAAAGCUUAUUUUUAGUUUGAUUUUUUAAUGACUUUGCUGAACAUUUGUUAAUACUGUAAUUUAUUUUGUAUACCAGAUGUUAAAAGUACAGUUGAUCUUAUACAAGAUAGUUUGGGCUGUGGUGUAUUACAGUGUAGCAACCAAUCAGUGGGUUCAGCUGAGAUUGUAAACUGUCAGAUCAAAGCAAGAAUGCCAUAUUAUGAUGUCAAAAUGUUGUUCCAUCCUACCGUUUUUACGGACUAUAAUGAACACUGCAUUCAGGAAUCUUAUUUAAGGUACUCAGGAAUUUUAUUAGUGUUUCCAAAUACAUUGAUAAAUCAAUUGACUGAGGUAGUUUUGUUUUUAACAGAAGGCAGGCUCUGUAAUCAAACUAUAUAACUGAAUGCUAUGCUAAAAUGUGAUUGAUAAUGCAGUGAUGUUGCAUUUUAUAGUAUGAGCCUACCAUAUAUGUUAUAAUACAGUAUAAAAUAACUUGCAUCAUUAACUUUUAUUGCCAAUAAAUUAAUUUUGCUCUGGAACAAUAACAUACCUUGUCACAAAUGUAACUGAAGUCCAACAUUAAAGGAGCUUUAAAAAAUAUACUAAGAAAUUAACAAGAAUUAAUUAAUGUUCUACAGCCAUGCAUUUGAUUGUUAGGAAUCUCCAUUUCACAAUUUUGGAAAUUGUGAAGAACCAAAUUUGUUCAGUGAAGAACAUUUGAUAAAGACUCAAAUGGCUGAGCAAAAUAGAGUGGAUUAAAACUGAGAAUCAUGGCAAGUAGUUUUUACUGAUCCUCAGCAUAAAUUUCUAAACAAAUAAUUUUUUGUUGAUGAUCAGUUAAAAACUAUUUUUCCUGUGACUUGGUGGAAAUUGAAUUCUUCGCCUAAUUUUCCCUACAAUGCUACAAAUUGGAUCCAUUGACACAUGCAUAGCACGAAGAGGCACAGUACAUAAACUGUGUUCGAUGUGGCAAAAUGUUCUGCACUCGCAUCACGGAACUUGAUUUUCAACACCAAGUCAAUUGAAAACUGUAGGUGGAUUCAGUUUCUGUAUACGAAUGUCGAAAAUACAUGAAAGCAACCUGCUUCACAUCAAGUCAAUCAGAAUUGAAUACAAGAACUGAAUAUAUGAACUUCUGUUCUAACUUUAAGGUUUAUCUAAAUCUGACUUCAAUCUUAUUCCAGUUCUAUGUUUGCCUACAGUGGUGUCUCUUGAGUAUAUAUAGUAAAAUGUAACAUUCUCAUUACCUGUAUGUGGAGUUAUUUUAUUAUAGGAUAUAGUCCUCUAUAGUCAUUUAAAUCUAAUAAAAGUUUGGAGGGAAAGCCUGCAAUAAACAUCUUAUUAA